AUGGCGCGCGGGAAGGCGGACCGGGCACUGACGGUGGGCAAGAAGCUCGAGAUCCUCGACGAGGCCGAGCGCACGGGCUCAGUGGCCGCGACCGCGCAAAAGCACGGCGUGAAGACGGGCCAGAUCCGGGAUUGGCGGAAAAACGUCACGCGGCUGCGCGCGACCGACCCGUCGCGGCUCGUCUGCGCCAGUACGAUCCAGCGCGGCCACUUGGUGUUCAACGAGACGUAUGCGCAGUACUGGGUCGGCUACAACAAGUUCUGCAGCACGCGGACGAACUUUAGCGACCUCAAGAGCGAUCUGCGCGGGAGGCACAAGGACGUGGUGCGCGCAGGCGUGAGCGAGUGCAAGUAUCCAGCGACGAUUGACACGACGGCGACGUAUGCAUUAGAGUGUCUUGAUCACGGCGAGUUUGACGAGAUAGAAGAGUCCACGGCUUCGCAUGUGGAAGACAUGACGAGUCUGCGGAAGCAACUGAGCGAGUUUUUCAGGCAGGAACCCUUUUCUACCAAGUUCUUGUACUUUGUCACUCGAUUCGAUUUCGUCAAGCCGAGUGUGAACGAGCACUCGGAUGGGAACGAGCACGCGGAGGACGAUGACAGUGGAGGUUUUGAUAAGGCGAGCGAAGACGUGGACAAGACGGUCGACGUGGAAGACAUCAUUUCGUUCUAUGUUGCAAUCUGUGGCAACGGGUCGGUUAUGGUGCCAAUGUCGAUAUUUCCGCCGACAGAAGAGUGGCACUGGGAACGCAAGAAAACGAUCAAGCUGCGACACGCACAUAGUCUGCACCGCACUCGACUGAACGAUCCGGAAGAAGCGGUGCAAUUUUUCGCAGUGACAUGGCGGAAGUUUUACGAGGAGGAAGCAAAGUACGUUGAUAAGUUUGCAUUCCUGCUAGACAGCUCGAUCGAGGAGUUCCGGGCUCCGGCGUUUCUGGAUGGUUUGAAACAGCAAGAGGGCUAUAACAAGUACUGGACGACGAUGUACACAGUGCGCAAUCCGCUGCGGUCCUCGCGGUUCGAAGACACGCUUUCGCAUUUUGUAAUUGAGGAGUGGCGCAGCAUUCUACAAAUGAAAAAGUCAACUCAGCCAAACGACUACCGCAAGUGCGUCGCCUUUUGGUUCUACUCCGCUUGGGAAUAUUUUGCCGGAGACAAUGCACGUAUAGCGUUCCGAAGCUGUAACAUGUAUCUAGAAGACAAGAACGCGUGGAGUGUGGCACUGAACGAGAACACGGUGUGA